CCGGAGACGAAGCGACACAGCGCAGCAGAAGUCGCAAAUGGAGGGAGCCAGAGGAGAAUUGAAGCAUGUAGUGGUCGUAAAGUUCAAAGAAGGCAUUCCACCACAUGAAAUCGAGCAACACAUCAACGACUACGCCAAUCUUGUCAAUCUCAUCCCGUCCAUGAAGUCCUUCCACUGGGGGAGAGACGUAGGAGUCUGUGGCAUGGAUGAAGGAUACACCCACAUAUUCGAGUGCACAUUCGAGACCGAACAGGACGUCGUCGAGUACAUGGCUCAUCAUUCUCACCGUGAAUUUGCAGAUCUGUUCAUCCCUAAACUCGACAAGUUCCUCAUCAUCGAUUACAAGCCCACACUAGUUCAUCCUUGAUUGAUUGGGAGAUCACUGAAUUGUGUUGGCCAUUUGCCAACCUAUAUGUCAAUCCCUUGGGUUCAAUAAAAGUCUUUAAGUUAUGUGUAAUCUAAUCUCUUCAUAAAUGUUGAUAGCCAGUCCAUGUAAUUAGCAAACGACGACAAAAAUGGAGUCUCAGACAUCCAAGGAAGGAGAAGGGAGCAGCAUUAGCUCUCAAGCCCGGCGAAAGGCGAAAGCUCUUAGUCGGCCACUGCGAAUGUUCUUUGAGAAACAAGCCUUUCGGAAUUGUCAUCAUCAACUACUACCCAAAAACCCACAAAUCAAACUUCAAAACAGAGCAACAAGACGAAGAAGGAUAAAUCUAAUGUAUCAUCACUUACUGAGCCUUGAGUCAGUAGAAACAGGCUCACCCAAAGUCGAUGAACAAAUUCUCUUCCUGAUGUCUACGAGAGAUCUGUUCAACGAAAGAGAACAGAACCCUUGUUUUCCAAUUUCCCACCAGGGUAUUGAUUUUCAUCAAAUAAGUUAAAAACAGAGAUAACCCAUGAGAGGAACAUCGAAAAAGAAGAGAUUGCAAGGAUGUUUGUACAUACAUCUCUUCCAUUUAAAUCCAUUGAUGGAAUUCAAUGGAAUGGGUGGUAUUGGUAAGAAAAAGAAGCCAGCGACGGAGAAAAGGGAACCCGAUUCUCUACUCUGCUGAGCGAUUUUCUAUCCAAUCCACCCACUCCGAUGAUUUCCUCAAAACAUAAUCGCGAUGGAAACUUGAGCGUUAACUGAUCACCAGAUCGAUGGAAGAGAUGAGACGGGUUGGUGGAUUGGGGCGCGAUAAUAUAUAUGUGGUGAAGAGGAGCGGCUUAGGGUUUACAAAGACGGAGGCAAGGCAACAGAAAGCGUUACACGGCGAAAGCGAAAGUGAUUCGGGCCGGACCGUGACUCGAUGGGUAUCACUCCAGGCCUGGGUCAACAGAUUGCUUGGGUUUGGCCCAUGGGGCACGGCCUGUUGAAUGUUGAUGGAUAAUUAUUUUCCACCAAAGAGGAACAAGGAUUGGGACUUCGUCUUUGUUUGUCACGAAGCAUUAGGUCGCACACUUUACCUUGCAAAUUGACUAAUUUGUGAUUUCGUUGUUGACCAUAAAAUCAUGUCUAUAUU